AUGCCGACGACCGCGGAGAUGGCUGCUGUCUGCGUGGGCGGGCACGUGGCGGCCCAGCCGCCGCUGCUGCGCCUGCGCCGUGGGCUGCGGUCACCGAGUGGCGGCUCCAUCUGCCCGCCGAAGGCGGCAGAGGCGGCCGACGCGGAGGACGGUACCGCCGCCCGCGCGGACGCCGCCGCGGCGGUGGCGGCCUACGAGCCGGAGGACAACGAGGAUGAGGACGAGAGCCGCGAGAGCAUCCAACUGCUCACCAUCGCGCCGCCCUCGCCCGCGGCGCGGCCCUCGCCACCUGCCGCGGCUCUCUCCGCGUGGCCUGGCGGCGGAGGCGCGGCGCCGGCCGGAGUGGCGGCGGGCCUCGGGGCCGCGGCCGCCGCGGGGUUGCUGUGGACCCACGGGCGCGCCCAGGCCGACGUGCUGCGCGGCAGCGCCGUCGCGGGGCCGCCGCACAGGCCGGACCUGGCCGACGACGGGACGGUGCACGCAGCAGUCGCGAGCGCCGUGGUGGUGACGGUGGCGCUGGCGUCCUCCGUGGUCGUGCGGCGCUGUGUCGGCGCCCCGCCAGGAGAGCCCGCGCCGCUGUCGCCUGGCGCCCUCGCCGCCGCGGCCGGCGCCCGUGCGGCGGGCGACCGCGCCGGCGCCACCCUGGUGCCAGACGGCUCGCCCAGCAAGGGCGAGCGCCGCUGCGCUGCGGGGUGGUGGUGCGUUCGGGACGGCCUGGGCGCGUCGACGGAGCUGAAGGUGUACAUGGUGCUCUGGGCGGUGGCCGCGGAGACGCUGAGCCACUGCUGGCUCUCCGCGGCGGGCGUCUGGGCCGCCCACUUUGACAUAUGUCACGGGCGCUUGCCCGGCCUCAGCGACGGGGACCUGUACAGCCGGAACCCCGAUGACCUGGCUGGGGCCUACAGCGUCAUUUUCUGCAACCUGUUGGGGACCUUCGUCAUGGGGAGCGCGACCGUGUGCGCCCAGGAGUGGGCGGCGGCGCAGAGCGGCGCGGCGCUGGCGGCGCACCAGGCGUCGCUGGCGCUGCGCCUCGGCUUCUGCCCGUGCAUCACGACGUUCCCGGGCGCGGUGCAGGUCUCCGUCUCCCUGGUCGAGCACAAGGCCAGGCUGUUCGCCGUGCUCAGCCUCUUUGGCGGCCCCAUCCUGUUCGGCGUCGGAGCGAAAGUCGCCCGAAGGGUCCUGGAGACCUCAGAGGUCCAGCUCAGCGCCAGCUUCGCGAACGGGUCGGUCAAGACCAUGCUGGUGGCCUUCAUCGUCGCGAGCGCCGUGGUCGAAUACGGCCGCGCGCCCCUGGCGCUCUGCUGCGGCUGGGUCAUGUCCGCCGCGGCCUGCCUGGCGGCGGACGCCGUGACCUCGCUCGCGCCCGCGGACUCCAUGUGGGGCGUGCGCUGGGCAACGGUCAUCGCGAACUUGUGCGCCCUGAGCCUCAUGGCUUGCCACCAGACCGUGUCCUCGUCCCUGAAGCUGCUCCAGUUCAGCAGCAGCGACGCCUCUGUGAUCAUCCCCGGGGGGCAAAUUCCAGACGACCUUCUGUAG